UUAAAGAAAAAUUGUUUUUUUCCAUUAAAUGUGUGUUGAAUUGGCAAUAUAUUUGAUAAAUGUCAUUUUUCAUUACAUUUUUAUAUAUUUAGAAUUAUAUAUCAAUCGACAAUGUGGUGAAAGUACACAUGCUAGUGCUAUUCACAAAUGUUGUGCUAAGACAGCAAAAUAUAUCAUUGUGACAAGUUUUGGUUAAACUAAUAAUAAAAAGCUUUAGAUUAUAAAUAAUUGCUUGUUUGUAUUCAUAAUGUGAAACACGCGACCAACUUAUGUCUAUUACAAGUCCAAUUUAGUAUUAAAAUAAUCAAAUAAAUAUGGAUGAUGAAUAUGAAGAUGUUCCUGAUGACUUCUUUGAUGAUUUUUCAAAUGCAGACUUUAUUGAAGGCCUAAAUGUUAUUGAUUCUUGGGAACCACCUUUAGAAAGCUUGCCACCCAAAAAUGAUAUUAUUGUUAUAGAUGACUUAGACGAUUGCAAGAUUAUAGAUGAAUACAAUCAGAGUUCGAAUGAUAAUGUUGCUUCGAAUGGUACUGACAAAGCUGAGGAAAGUUUAGAAAAGGAUUCUGAUGCACUUAGAAAUAGAAGUUCAAGUCGACAUAGAGAGAGACUCAGGUUUCAGAACAGGCAGAGUGAAAGGUCACCUUUUCGAAAGUUUGAAGCUCCAGUAAGAAAAUACAAAAACUCACCUCUCAGGACAUCUCCUCAAAAUGAAACCAAAAAACCAACUUCUUACUACGACAGAAUAUCUAAAUCAAAGCAUUCAAAUGCAUCACAGGAAUCACGCAGCAAAAGGUCACCCUCACACAGAAGAAGAAGAUCAAGAGAUCACUUCAUGAGAUCACGCCGAUCUGCUUCCAGAGAUAGGCGAUUGAGGCUUCGAUCAAGAUCCAAAGAUUAUUAUGAUGUAUCAAGAAAAAAUAGAAAUAGAUCUAGAUCAAGAACUAGGUCGAGAAAUAGAUCAAGAUCUAGGCGUAGGACAAGGUCCAAAUCAUUAUCAAUAACUAGAUCUAGACGUAGAUCUCGGUCCAGGUCAAUUUCAAGAAGACGUAGGAAUUUUAAAGAUGCUUUUAGAUUAGAUGAUGAUGAUAGAAGGGGGCAUCAUAGUAGACGAAGUUUGGAUAGCUUUUCUAUAUCACCUGAAUUAGAUCAUCAUAAAAAAAGACAUGCUAUUGAUAGCCAGAAAUUCGAUAUACGUCGCCAAGAUCCUUUAUUAAAUAUUCCAACUUCAUCAGCAGCUAAAGAACUUAAAAUUAAUACUCAACCAGUAAUGUACAGCCCAAAUCAAACCUUCGAAUCAGAGUAUAACAUGACUGCAGUUACUUGCGCUCCACAAAUGCCUCCUUUUCAAUACUAUCCCCAACAACCAUAUCCUAUCAACCCACAAUUCAUGCAAAUGACUCCAACGUAUAUGAAUAAUGCUCAGAUCAAUGUACCAGGACAAAAUCUAAUGCCGGUUCAGAAUUUACAAUAUAAUUUUAACCAGAAUGCAAACAUAGCCUUGCCAACAAUACCAGAACAAAAGUCUUUGAUCAAAAAUGAACCGGUUGUAGAAAAUAAAGCUCAGGUUGCUAGAAAUAAAGUGGAGAUCGAUGCUAAGAAGUUGUUUGCCGAAAAGAAAUUAUCAUUGUCUGAAUUUUUAACAAUGUCAGCAAAGCGCAUAGAAUCAUCAGACAAAGACACAGGCAAAGUGGAAAAUAAAGUUAAAAUUCUAUCUCGCUGUAAUGAGGUAUUAAGUUACCUCAAUGAGUUGGAAAGGUUUCCAAAAGAAUUUAUUUACAAUGAUAAACGUUAUGCAGACUUUCAAAGAAUAAUAAAUCCUGCUUUACAAUAUUGUUCCCCGCUACGAAAAAUAAAGGUGUCCAGAUUUCGAUUUACAACAAUGCCAGAAGCGAUAUUAAAAAAUAAAACACAAAGAAUUCGAAGCUACAUGAGAACGAUGAAUAUUAAAUGUAAUGACAGUUUCAAAAGUAAUACAACGGUGACAUCAGAAGCGCCUACACAAGUUCCAGGGAAAUAUCAUAAGUUUGUACAGACUGACAAAUAUGAUUGUCUCGACUGUAAAAUUCGUAAAGAGACAAAGAUGGUAGAUCAAGGUUGCCAAGUCAAUGUGGAAGAACUUAGAACUUUAUCCAACGAAUCAUCUACAACAAGAUUUGAUGAUAGACCCCAACCAAAUACUUUUAGACAAACAAAUCCACGCGAUUUCAGAUUUCAAAAUGUUCACCCUUCCAGAAACAAUAUCCCUUUGAACAGGGGACUGAUGAAUCCUUGCCAACUUUUGAAUGCUCAAGACGGCAUGGAUUUUUCUGAAGACUUCGAUCCAGCACAACUGGAUUUGAGACAGACUUUUCCUUUUUCAAAUGGACGAAAUCCUAAUCAGAAUAUUAUAGGUAGCCCAGGAAAUAGUAAAAGAAAACGUAACAGGAGCAGAAGAGGCGGAAAAAAGGUUUAAAUAAUAGAUAAUUAAGAUUCAGUUUAAAUUUUUCAUUUAAUCAUUCAUGAUUUAUUAAGUAGUUUUCUACAAACUUAUUAGCAUUUAAGACCAGUUGUAAUGAACCGAUUU